AUGGCGAGCAGCAGUAAGAAAGACCCCAACAUCACCAAGCUCAUCGACGGCGACCUCGACACCGCCGACCAAGCCACCCGCGAUGCCGUCGAUCUCGCCGCCCUCGGCCACUCCCAGGCCCUCACCCGCAAGUUCGACAUCUGGAGCAUGCUGGCCCUCGCCUUCUGCGUCCUGGGCACCUACUCGACCGAGGCCCAGGGCAUGUCCAGCGGCCUCACAAACGGCGGACCCAUUGCCGUGCUCUGGGGCCUCCUGGUCGUCACGCUGUGCAACAUCUGCGUUGCCGUGUCCAUGGGCGAACUCUGCAGCAGCAUGCCCACUGCUCUAGGCCAGGCAUUCUGGAUCUCGCAGCUGAGCCAGACGCCGCUUGGGCGUUUCACAGCGUAUAUGUGCGCCUGGAUCAACACGUUUGGCUGGUGGACGCUCACGGCCUCGCAGAACGCCUUCAUGACCGAGUUCGUGCUGGGCAUGAAGGUCAUGUUUGACCCGGACUGGGACGGCGCGAGCAAGGGCUGGGUGCAGUUCCUAGUCUACGUCGGCAUCACCGUUUUCUUCACUGCCAUCAACCACGUCGGCUGCCGCAACGACAAGUUCCUUCCGUGGUUCAACAACUUCGUCGGCGUCUGGUACGUCGGCUUGUUCUUCAUCCUCGGCCUGGCGCUGCUCAUCUCCGUCGGCGUCAAGCACGACCUCCAGUACCAGUCAGCCAAGUUCGUCUUUGGUACCUGGAUCAACCAGACUGGCUGGCCCGAUGGUGUCACUUGGUUCAUGGGUCUUGUCCAGGGCGCGUAUGGUCUGACUGCCUUUGACUCUGUCAUCCACAUGGUUGAAGAGAUUCCUGCUCCUCGACGCAAUGGCCCCAAGACCAUGUAUCUGUCCGUCAUCUGCGGUGCCAUCUCCGGCUUCAUCUUCAUGGUUAUCUGCCUCUUCACCAUUCAGAACCUCGACAAUGUUCUGGACCCUCCCACCGGUCUGCCAUUUGUCGAGUUGCUCCAGGAGACUGUUGGACUUAACGGUGCCGCCGUCUUGGUUGCCCUCUUCAUCUUCAACGGAAUGGGCCAGGGAGUCAGCGUCUUGACCUCUUCUUCUCGUCUUACAUGGAGUUUUGCUCGCGAUGGCGGAAUCCCCUACGCCGCCUAUUUCUCCCACGUCGACCCGGUAUGGCAAGUUCCUGGCCGUGCUUUGUGGCUUCAGGCAUUCCUCAUCAGCCUGAUAGGCGUCUUGUAUCUUUUUGCAAACACCGUGCUCGAGGCCAUCCUCAGUGUCAGCACCAUCGCCUUGACAGUCUCUUACGGCAUGCCCAUCAUUGUCCUCCUCCUUGUUGGCCGUGAUAAGCUGCCUCCAGGGGAAUUCCGCCUUGGUCGAUUCGGUGUGCCUCUCAACAUCAUCUCCAUCAUAUACUGCGUCAUCACAACCGUCUUCUUCCUGUUCCCUGGCAGUCCCAACCCAGCUCCUAGCGACAUGAACUACGCCAUUGCCGUUUUUGGUGUUAUGCUUGUUGCAGCUGUUGGCUUUUGGUUUGUAAAGGGUCGGGUUUCUUUUAUGCAGAUGGAUGAUGAGUUGAUCGGCCAAGUUGUACGUGAACUCUCCUAUGACGAGCAAAAUGUCCAGGUCGCCACGUCGGUGGACACAAAAUAG